GAAACGAGGGGCUGAGGAUGACGCACGGCAGCUCUAUAGUAUCUGCAACCAAAUCCACUAGCUUCUCUUCUUCCUCCAUUGUUUUCUGCAUACUUUUUCAUAUCUUUCAGAAGAAAUGCCGUUUUCCACUGCAUCACUUUCAGGAGGCAAUGCCUUUCUCUCGCAUUUCUUCACGUCUGACCACCCCACUGCCCCUCCUUGCAUUUCCCAUCUUCCUUUGAAGCACAUUCCUUACUUUCGUCGCUGUUCUUCUCUCAGAAAGAUUCCCCUUUUCACCCCUAAAGCCUCCGUUUCUAGUGGGAGUAGCUCUAAGGUUGAUCAGCAGUCUCCUGAUGAACUCAGGUCUGCUAGGAGGUCUGCUGAUUGGAAGUCAGCAGGGAUCUACUUUGAAAGGGGGAGCAUAUAUAAAGGCAAGGUGGAAGGUUUCAAUAAUGGAGGCUUGCGGAUUCGGUUCUAUUCUCUUGUGGGGUUCCUGCCUUUCCCGCAACUGAGUCCUUCAUAUCAGUGUAAAGAGCCAAACAAAACCAUCCAAGAGAUUGCAAGAGGUUUGGUAGGAUCCAUCCUCUCUGUGAAGGUAAUUGAAGUUAGUGAAGACAUGGGAAGAUUGGUAUUCUCUGAAAAGGAAGCAAACUGGAUGAAGUUUUCUAGUCAAAUCAAAACUGGUGAUAUUUUUGAAGGAAGAGUGGGUUUUGUAGAGGAUUUUGGUGCUUUUAUUCACCUACGAUUUCCAGAUGGAUGUUAUCACCUUACCGGGUUUGUGCAUGUCUCAGAAGUGUCAUGGGAUUUAGUUCAUGAUGUAAGAGAUGUUUUAAAGAAGGGCGAUGAAGUGAGGGUCAAAGUUAUUAAAAUAGAUAGUGGAAAAUCAAGGCUAUCCCUGUCUAUUAAACAAUUGGAGGAUGAUCCACUGCUUGAAACUUUAGACAAAGUAAUCCACCAGGAUUCUCCACUUGAUCCUAGUUCCUUGAAUUCAAAUGGUAGUUUUAGUAUUGAACCUCUUCCUGGGCUUGAAACAAUAAUGGCCGAGCUUAUGCAAGAAGAUGGUAUACAAGAUAUUAAAAUUAGCCGUCAAGGGUUUGAGAAACGAGUCGUUUCACAAGACCUGCAGCUCUGGCUCUCUAAUGCACCACCUGUCGGAGAACAAUUCACUUUACUUGCUCGGGCCGGAAGACAGGUGCAAGAAAUACAGCUUACAACAUCCCUAGAUCAACAGGGGAUCAAAAUGGCGCUGCAGCGAGUGCUGGAGCGCAUUCCAUGAUUUGCUUUUAAGCUUCCUCUGUACACAGAGACCCGCCACUCGUAUAGCCAGACCCUGGGCAGCGUAUAUAUGCCUCGUAUAGCCGCCAAUGUACAAGAAUGUAACAGAAAGUUUUGGGCUUUUGGCAUAGCCCCUCCAACACUGCAUUGACCAAAUAAAAGUUUAAUGUUGAGAGUUUUUUAGUCAUUACAGAUGUAGUAAUCUGGAACUAAAGGAAGUUGAGAAUUAUGAUGUGCACACUCUACAUGAUCUCUGCUCAGUUGCAAGUUCACACAGUUGAGUUUAUGGCAGCAUUUUCAUUAACUA